AUGCGAAAAUUGGAGGAAAUGGAAGAAGGUAUGCGAUUGGAUAUCUUGAAACAAAAAGGUGGAUCAGGACAUGAUGACAAGAAAAAGGUGAAAAAGGCGGAAUACGUUGUGGAACCUAUUGAUAUUGCUUUACUGCGAACUGAUCGUGACAAACUAGCAUUACAAAUCUAUGUCUAUUUGAUGCACUCGAUGGAUGAAUGGGAAGAAGCAAUGGAAGCAAGACCAGAAGAAGAACGACGAAGUGGACCAGGCAAACGUGCAGCAGUAAUGCAAAAACAAACAGUAGAACAUAUCAAACCAUUAUUACGACAAUUAAAAAAGGGGACAUUGGAACCUGAUGUUCUAGCUCGUGUAGCUGAAAUCACUCACUAUAUGCAAAUUCGCCAAUACCGAGAUGCUCAAGAUUCCUAUUUACAAUUAUCCAUCGGCAAUGCUCCUUGGCCUAUUGGUGUUACCAUGGUGGGUAUUCACGAACGAUCUGCUCGAGAAAAAAUUUUCUCUUCCCAAGUAGCUCAUGUACUUAACGACGAAACUUCAAGAAAAUGGAUUCAAGGUGUGAAACGUUUGAUGACAUUUGCCCAAACCAAAUAUCCUCCAUAUACUUUAUCACAAAUCUCAUAA